CCCUGCGGGCUACAGGAUCCGCGGCCGGGACGCGGGGGUCUUCGCGCCGCGUGAGCCCAGAGGCUGGAGGAAGCUGAGCCUCGGUGCCCGCCGCGCCGUCCGCGGCCGUGCUUAUUCCGGACGGCGUGCUGUAGUUCCCCACCGGGAAGCCGAGGCCCCGGGAGGCGCAGAGCCGGCACCGCGUGCCUUGGGGGGCCCAGCAGCGGUUCCCGCUAUUUGUCUUGUGUCUGCUCUCCGGCUCUCCGAUGGGGAGCUUCCCGAGGGCAGGGUCUUCCCACCUCUGCCUCCUUAACGCCUGACGCGGGGUCUGGCGCGUUGUCGGGGUCCAGGGAUGGAAGAGUGGCCGGCGUCGUGUGACCGCAGGAGAGUGUGAUCGCAGUGGGCGGGCGCGGGUGGUCGGCUGCUUCAUUUGUUCUAGAAGCGCUCACGACGGAGCAUGCAGAGUGCCGGCACAAGGAAGAUACUCUUACGUGUUGGUUACCAUGAUGGUCGCAUUAAGCGAAGCACACGACGCCGUAAUAAAUGGUAGAAGGUGUAACGGAUGCCACUGUGGAUUGAUGAGCCCAAGAUCCCGAGGACGAGAGAAACCGGUGGACAAAAAGCAGCCCUUUCAAUUCUCCAGCCCUCGGAGGAUAUGCUUCGUCUUACUGCUUCAUACUAGCCGGCUCAGCCUCUUGAUUCUGCCUCUUGUUUCUGAACUCUGGCAAACAUAGGGAAUCGGCGGGCUCCGUUCCCUAGCAGGACAGAAGGAUCCCUGGGCCUGGAUGUUUCUGGCAAACUGUCACCAACACGCAUUCAUAUUUGCCCGGAAUGCGGAAAAGGCCAUGACGGCCUUAGCAAGAUUUCGCCAGGCUCAGCUGGAAGAGGGAAAAGUAAAGGAGCGAAGACCCUUCCUUGCCUCAGAGUGUACUGAGCUGCCCAAAGCUGAGAAGUGGAGACGACAGAUCAUUGGAGAGAUCUCAAAAAAAGUGGCUCAAAUUCAGAAUGCUGGUCUAGGUGAAUUCCGAAUUCGUGACCUGAAUGAUGAGAUUAACAAGCUGCUAAGAGAGAAGGGACACUGGGAGGCCCGGAUCAAGGAGCUGGGUGGUCCUGACUAUGGGAAAGUUGGCCCUAAGAUGCUGGAUCAUGAGGGGAAAGAAGUCCCAGGCAAUCGAGGCUACAAGUACUUCGGGGCAGCAAAAGACUUGCCCGGCGUCAGAGAGCUGUUUGAGAGAGAACCUCUUCCUCCUCCAAGAAAGACACGCGCUGAGCUCAUGAAGGCGAUCGAUUUUGAAUACUACGGUUACCUAGAUGAAGACGAUGGUGUUAUUGUGCCUUUGGAACAGGAAUAUGAAAAGAAACUCAGAGCUGAAUUAGUGGACAAGUGGAAAGCAGAGAGAGAGGCCCGGCUGGCAAGAGGGGAGAAGGAGGAGGAGGAGGAGGAAGAGGAGGAGGAGGAGGAGGAGGUCAACAUCUAUGCUGUCACCGACGAGGAGUCUGAUGAGGAGGGCGGCCAGGAGAAAGGAGGGGAGGACGGGCAGCAGAAGUUCAUCGCUCACGUCCCGGUGCCGUCGCAGCAAGAGAUCGAGGAGGCGCUCGUGCGGAGGAAGAAGAUGGAGCUCCUGCAGAAGUACACCAGCGAGACGCUGCAGGCCCAGAGCGAGGAGGCCAGGCGGCUCCUGGGCUACUAGGGCCGAGCCGGGGCCGCCGCCCAGCGCCGUGGGAGGUGGGCAGGCCGCGCUGCCGGCCACUUCUCCUCCUUCCUCCCUCCCCUGCUCGCGCCUGUGUGCCGACCGAGGGCCGUUUGCCGGCCGGAUGCCCCGGUGUCACCUGGUCCCCGUGUUCUGCUGACGGGUGAACCCACUUACUUCCGUCUUGAGUGUGUAGGAGACGCUGCUCCGUGUCAGCCUUUGAGUGUCUGACUUAGCCGCCUCCUGUCGUUUGGUGGGGAGGGUGACCAGUUUGUGACACUCCUAAAAAGCGCAGACGUGUGUGUAACUCCUCUUGAAGGAUGAGAAGGUGUGUGAGCCCCGAGCCCACAUCCCACACGUCGCAGCAGCCGGAGCAGCUCCGCCUUCGGGGCGGCCCUGCCCUCCGUUCAGACCCCUCAGCUGGCCUUGCUCCUUCCUGCCCAGGUGGCAGGAGUUUGAGUUUGCUACUGCUGUCUAGGACUGGUUCUGCAGAGAGCUAUCUUUAUUAAAGAUGUUUGUGUGAAAGGCCACCUCCAGGU